AUGCCCCACGGCUUCGACAAGCUCCUCCAUCACGAACCCGAAUCAUCACCCUCUCCCCCACCCCGACAAAAAUCCACACAAUCCCGCUACCACCUCCACGUCCGCCAGCAACCGCUCGCCGCACGGGCAUGUGGCGCGGGCGACCGAGACCGCCGCCCAGUCGACCCACCCCCAAUAGUCCAAAUCCUCCUAUUGGAUUUUGACUCAGAAUCGCAAGACGACCGUGACAUCCUUCAAGACCCGCGCUUCACAGUGGGCUGCCUAUUAUUCCCGGUAUCAGGCUCAUCCGCUCCAUCCAAUCCCCAAGACGAUCAAGAACCAGAACGAGACAGCGAGCGAGAAAAAGACGGUGUAGCCCGCGCAGACGACGAUCUCUCAACGCCCCUCCUCUCAGGCAAAGCCUUCAUGUCCCCCUUCUACGUCGACGCAGACCCAGACCCCAACUCCGCCCCUACACACCCCUCCUCCGAAUACCCACAAAGUCCCUCCCUCACAUCAGGCCCCAGCAACCUCCGCAACGCAUCGAAACUUCACCAGCCGGCCACGUUCUUCAUCUUUGCCGACCUUUCCAUUCGCUCGGCUGGGACGUAUCGGCUUCAGUUCAGGCUUAUGAAUUGGGGCUCGGUUGAGGAUACGGGUCAGUCUAUGCCUAUUCUUGCGGAGGCUUGGUCGGAUCCUUUUCGUGUUUAUCCGGCGAAGGACUUUCCGGGGAUGCAGGAUUCGUCGAUUCUUGCGGAGGGGUUGAAGGAGCUGGGAUUUGUGGAGUUGAAGACCAGGGGGAAGGGGAAGGGGAAGGGGAGGAAGAGGUAUUGA